UCGAAACUUUAAUCUUAAGAACUUCAAUUUAAAUCUAAAUAAUUGAAAACAGUCUCCGGACAAGAAUGAGCAGCCCGUCGCCAUCUUUAAAGAAGAGAAGAGUGAGUAAGAAGCGAAAGUCAUCAUGGCGGAAACAUUCCUCCAAGAAGGAGGUCGAGGAAUAUUUGGAGAAUAAAAGACUGGAUGACAGAACUGGAGGACCAAUCAGUGAGAAGGAUGAUGAAGAGAUCUUUUUCUUUGGAAAGGAAGCCACCAAAGAGGAGGUGCCAGAUAGGAGGAGCAGACGGCAGAGUAGGAGUGCGGAGUGCCACUCAUCAAUUCAUUCACUCGAUUCACACAUCAAACCAAUUAAGAGUUCUCGAGCGCCGAAAGAAAAUCCAAAAGCGAAAUUGUUCGAACUGAAGUACAAAGACCCGCUGGAUGUUGACGAUGGUGGUGAGAUGAAGUUUUACGACAUAUGGCAUAAGAAAGAUGAUUCCGGGUUUCCCGAGGGAGAUGUCUUCGUGCAUAGUAGGAGAGUUUGUAGGAAGAUGCCUAUUAAGCCCCCUCGAAACUUCGGCAAGAAGAGCAGUGCAGCCGGCGCCAUCCCACUUCCUCACCCAGGGAUAUCCUACAAUCCAUCCUUCCAAGAUCAUCAGAAGGUGUUGAGUGAUGUGUUGGAGGCGGAGUUGAAGAAGGAGAAGGAGGAGAGGAGGAUCUACAACGCCACUGAUGCCAUGUUCCCCACCAAGGAUGAAAUGCCCACCCAGGAAACCUGGCUGGAGGAGAUGUCGCAGGGCUUGGGCGGCAUCAUGCCGGGCAGAUCAAACGACGACGAAGAUGACGACGACGAUGAUGAGAAGGAGGGCAACAGGAUAGGGAUAUCACACAACGCGCCAGUCAGGAGAGAUAACAAAAAGACGGAGAGAGAGAGGAAGAAGAUGAUGAAGGUGAGAGUGGCGGAGAAGGAGCUGAGGAGGAAGAAGAAGAUGGAAGCUCUUGAGAAGUCGGAAAAAUUCAAAUUGAAAUCCCUGAAGAAGCAGCUGCACCGCCAAGAGAUGGAGAGAGCGGCCAGGAAGACGAGGAAGGAGUGGAUGAAUGAGAAGAGGAUGAUGACGAGGCCGAGAAAGCUGGGCAAGUCCAGAUUCGUCGAGCCACAACCACCAAUCAAGCUGACCGACGAACUCGAGGGGUCGCUGAGAUUGCUGAAGUUACAAUAUUUAAUAUUUAUUUAUUUGAAAUGGUGCAGGAAGCCGAAGAGGUAUAGGCCGAAGGUCUUCGAGAAGUCAUCUUAUAAGGACGUCGAUAAAUGA